CGGACCCUCCCGCGUCUCUGCCCAGGCCGCCGCCGCCGCCGCCGCUGCCGCCGCCCGUUGCCCUGCUUCUCACACCGGGAGCCACUCCUCGGUUUGCUCCUUACAGCCGGGACGGAAAGGCGAAGGCCAGAAGCGGAAAGAGUCCAGGAGGGCUGCUGUUGCCACUCCCUGGAAGGGAGGGAGGAGUUGUGUGGAGUCGUGGACUUGAUGGAAACCGUGGAGGCCCUGGGGUCCAGCCUCCCCACUAGCCAGUGAGGGAAGCCCCCGUGCAGCUCCCUGAGACCUUGCCCACCUGUCCUCGCUUGGAACCGCCAGGGAUGAGCCGCCUCCUGAGAGCCGUUCCUUAGAGGGACAGGUCACUGCCACUGCCACUGCUUCUAUCGACCUCAUUUCUACUUUAUGGAUCUUUCCCGGAUGUGAAGCUCCCUCCUCGGGCGCCACUGCAGUCAGAUCAUCAUCCUGUAGCUUGGGGACCUUGGUUCAUUCCAGCAUUGGCCCCUGCCUGAGGAGAGCCCAGGCCCGCCCUACCUGCUUCCUCUGGGCAAGGCUGCCAAGUCUUCCCUCCUCGUGACAGUUCGCGUAACUCAUGGUGUGUGGCACGUGGCUGGCUUAGGUGUUUGGAGAGUGAACGUGCCAGGUCCCCACUCCUCCCUUCAGCCCCUCUGACCUCGAGGACACGCCCACCUCCAUAAUGGCAGCAGAGACCCUCAAUUUUGGGCCCGAGUGGUUGAGAGCCCUUUCCAGUGGUGGCAGCGUGGCCUCCCCGCCCCCCUCCCCCGCCAUGCCCAAGUACAAGCUGGCUGACUACCGCUACGGGCGAGAGGAGAUGCUGGCGCUCUACGUCAAGGAGAACAAGGUGCCCGAUGAGCUGCAGGACAGGGAGUUUGCUGCGGUGCUACAGGAGGAGCCGCUGCAGCCGCUGGCGCUGGAGCCGCUGACGGAGGAGGAGCAGAGAAACUUCUCCCUGUCAGUGAACAGUGUGGCUGUGCUGAGGCUGAUGGGGAAAGGGGCUGGCCCCCCCCUAGGUGGCACCUCCCGUGGCAGGGGCAGCACUCGGAGCCGAGGCCGAGGCCGUGGUGACAGUUGCUUUUACCAAAGAAGCAUUGAAGAAGGCGAUGGGGCCUUUGGCCGAAACCCCCGGGAGAUCCAGCGUAGCCAGAGUUGGGAUGACAGAGGCGAGAGAAGGUUUGAGAAGUCGGCCAGGAGGGAUGGAGCACGAUCCGGGUUUGAGGAGGGAGGGGCUGGCCCGAGGAAGGAACAUGCCCGCUCGGAUAGCGAGAACUGGCGUUCUCUUCGAGAGGAGCAAGAGGAAGAGGAGGAGGGCAGUUGGAGACUCGGGGCAGGACCCCGGCGAGACGGCGACCGCUGGCGCUCAGCCAGCCCUGAUGGCGGCCCCCGCUCUGCUGGCUGGCGGGAACACGGGGACCGGCGUCGCAAGUUUGAGUUUGAUUUGCGAGGGGACCGAGGAGGGUGUGGUGAAGAGGAAGGGCGGGGUGGGGGAGGCAGCGCUCACCUGCGGAGGUGCCGGGGGCCUGACGGUUUCGAGGAAGACAAGGACGGGCUCCCCGAGUGGUGCCUGGAUGACGAGGACGAAGAGAUGGGCACCUUCGAUGCCUCUGGGGCCUUCCUUCCUCUCAAGAAGGGCCCUAAGGAGCCCAUUCCUGAGGAGCAGGAGCUUGACUUCCAGGGCCUGGAGGAAGAGGAGGAAGAGCCUCCCGAAGGGCUAGAUGAGGGGGGGCCGGAGGCAGGAGGAAAGGAGCUGACCCCACUACCUCCUCAGGAGGAGAAGUCCAGUUCCCCCUCCCCACUGCCCACCUUGGGCCCACUCUGGGGAGCUACUGGGGAAGGGGAUGACGCCGCAGACAAGGAGCUGCCAGCAGCUGAAGAUGAUGUGAGGGGACUGCCGCUGAGUCCUGGCGUAGGCUCACCGUCUGGCCCACCUGGAGAUCUGGAGGAUGAUGAAGGCCUGAAACACCUGCAGCAGGAGGCGGAGAAGCUGGUGGCCUCCCUGCAGGAUAGCUCCCUGGAGGAGGAGCAGUUCACGGCCGCCAUGCAGGCCCAGGGCCUGCGCCACUCAGCAGCUGCCACUGCCCUCCCCCUCAGCCAUGGUGCGGCCCGGAAGUGGUUCUACAAGGACCCCCAGGGGGAGAUCCAAGGCCCCUUCACAACACAGGAGAUGGCAGAGUGGUUCCAGGCGGGCUAUUUUUCCAUGGCGCUGCUUGUGAAGCGGGGCUGCGAUGAGGGCUUCCAGCCCCUGGGUGAGGUGAUCAAGAUGUGGGGUCGCGUGCCCUUUGCCCCAGGACCCUCGCCACCCCCGCUGCUGGGCAACAUGGACCAGGAGCGGCUGAAGAAGCAGCAGGAGAUGGCCGCGGCAGCCUUGUACCAGCAGCUGCAGCAUCAGCAGUUCCUGCAGCUGGUUGGCAGUCGGCAGCUCCCGCAGUGCGCGCUCCGGGAGAAGGCGGCUCUGGGGGACCUGAGUCCACCGCAGCAGCAGCAGCUCGCGGCGUUCCUGCAGCAGCUCCAAGCUCUCAAACCGCCCAGAGGCGGGGACCAGAGCCUGCUCCCGACCAUGAACCGGUCCUUGUCGGUGCCGGAUUCGGGCCCCCUCUGGGACAUACAUACCUCAGCCUCAUCACAGUCAGGCGGUGAGGCCAGUCUUUGGGACAUACCAAUUAACUCUUCGACUCAGGGUCCAAUUCUAGAACAACUCCAGCUGCAACAAAAAUUCCAAGAGCGCAGAGAAGUGGAGCUCAGGGCGAAGCGGGAGGAGGAGGAGCGCAAGCGGCGGGAGGAGAAGCGGCGGCAGCAGCAGCAGCAGGAGGAGCAGAAGCGGCGGCAGGAGGAGGAGGAGCUGUUUCGCCGCAAGCAGGUGCGGCAGCAGGAGCUCCUGCUGAAGCUGCUCCAGCAGCAGCAGGCGGUGGCCGCUGUCCCCGUGCCGCCGGCGCCCAGCUCCCCGCCCCCGCUGUGGGCCGGCCUGGCCAAGCAGGGGCUGUCCAUGAAGACGCUGCUCGAGCUGCAGUUGGAGGGCGAGCGGCAGCUGCACAAGCAGCCGGCGCCCCGGGAGCCGUCGCGGGCCCAGGCCCCCAACCACCGCGUGCAGCUUGGGGGCCUGAGCUCGGCCCCUCUGAACCAGUGGGUGUCUGAGGCUGGGCCGCUGUGGGGCGGGCCCGACAAGAGCGGGGGCGGCAGCGGCGGCCCGGGGCUCUGGGAGGACACCCUCAAGAGCGGCGGGAGCCUGGCCCGCAGCCUGGGUUUGAAGAACAGCCGGAGCAGCCCCUCUCUCAGUGACUCGUACAGCCACCUGUCGGGUCGGCCCGUGCGCAAAAAGACGGAGGAGGAAGAGAAGCUGCUGAAGCUGCUGCAGGGCAUCCCCAGGCCCCAGGACGGCUUCACCCAGUGGUGCGAGCAGAUGCUGCACACGCUGAGCACCACGGGCAGCCUGGAUGUGCCCAUGGCUGUAGCGAUCCUCAAGGAGGUGGAAUCCCCCUACGACGUCCACGAUUAUAUCCGUUCCUGCUUGGGGGACACGCUGGAAGCCAAAGAAUUUGCCAAACAGUUCCUAGAGCGGAGGGCCAAGCAGAAAGCCAGCCAGCAGCGGCAGCAGCAGCAGGAGGCGUGGCUGAGCAGCGGCUCCCUACAGACAGCCUUUCAGACCAACCACAGCACCAAACUCGGCCCUGGGGAGGGCAGCAAGGCCAAGAGGCGAGCGCUGAUGCUGCACUCAGAUCCUAGCAUCUUGGGUGAGUUCGGGGGUGUGGCCACGAAGGCGGCUUUUUCCUCAGCAGGGGCCAGGAGCCUGGGGAGAGCUCAAACCCAGCUUCUCCCCGGCUUCAGGGUACUCCCUGCACGGACCUUCUGGUGAGAUCGAGAGCGUGGAUGACUACUGACCAGCCCGUCCCACCAGCCCCUGGGCUGUAGGCCAGGGGCGGCAGCAGCGGCUUGGACCCUUGGGUCCCCAGCCUGCAGGCUCCCCACAGGGAGCGUAGGAGGAAGCAGGGGCAGGGUCCCCAGCACUUGUUACAAACCACACGAUGCACCUUAACUCACCCACCACGAGGCACUUUACAGAAUGGGGGGGAAGGGUUUUUGUUUUUUGUUUGUUUUUGUUUUUGUUUUGUUUUUGUUUUCUCUUGGGAAAAAAAAAAAACAAAAAAAACAACAUUUUAAACAACCCUGAAGAAAACGUUAGGAGAGACAAGAAGAAAAAAUUGUUCAAAACUAGACUCUAAGCACCCCUUCCCCCUCUAGGGACAGUGAGGGUGACAAUGGAAGGUCCACAGAGGUUUUUGGGGAUUUUUUUGUUCUUUUUUUUUUUUUUUUUUUUUUUAAGAAAAAGAAAAUGAAAAAAAAAAAAGAAGGUUAGGAGAUUGAAAGAAAAAAACACACUGUUAUUUUGGGGCAGUGGGGACACGGGCCCCACGGACCUGUCCUGCCUGGCCCCCAAGGCUGCACUUACCCUCCCUGCCCCGCACGGUGGGCCAUUGGGGUAACUGGAAGCUGGGGUGCCAGCAGUUUGCACAGCGAGGCCCCCUCAGCCCCGCCAGCCGGACCCGCUGUGAACGGCUCCCUUUGUUGCUGUGACUGUGGCAGAGGCGUCCGGGGUCGGGGCCAAAGUAGCCCCUCGGCUUUGCUGCUUCGGGGGAAGAGUUGCACAAAUGGGCCAGGCCGCCUCCGCUCUCCGGGCCGCCGUCCUGUGCUGGCUGAUGAGGUAGAGGGGAAAGGGCCAGCCAGUGCCAACCUCAUCUGGCUGUCAGGGUGGUGGAGGUGCCGCUCUGGCCCUGGUGAGGGGCUUCCCCCACUGCUGCCAUUUGGGGGGGGGGCGGCCUGGGCGUGAAGCUGAAAGCCUCAGCUCCCUGCCUUGCCACAUGAAUGUAUUCUUCGGGCCACAAGCCCCCGCUGCGCCUUCUGCCUCUACCCUGCGCGAGGGGAGAGUGGAGCAGUGCCCCCAGGAGCUGGAGAGAGGCACCACUUCGGGACUGUUCGCUCCUGUGAAAGGGGCCGGAGGAAGGCCUAGGAGGCCGAGGGAGUGGGCGGCGCGGGGCUUCAGGUUGCGGCGUGGGGGCUGUUGGAAGGGAGUUCCCUGCCUGCAGCCAGCUACGUGGGCUGCGGACCACCCAGCUCUGCUCUGACCCCUCCAUUGACCAAAUGGGAGAGGAGCAAGUGGCCUCUCCCCUUCCCGCUCCCCCGAUGCGUUUUUCAUGUUGGGUAAGGUGCGGGGGUCCAGAAUGGAAGUGUCGUCUCUCCUGGGUCAGGGGUAGGCUGCCCUUCUGUCGCUCACCAACUUUUAUUCCCAAUCACCUACCUGGGUUUGUCUCCGUUUGUGGGUUUUUUUUUUUUUUUUUAAGUUUUUCUUUUGGGUCUUUCAUUUAACUUCUCCCAUCGACCUCAUUGCUCAGAGCGCAGUAUUAGGGCAGGAGUCUGCCACUGCCUCCCCUCCAUGAAUGUAUUUAUCCUUCCUGCCCUGGGGAAAUGGGGAGUGGCCUGUUUUCUUUCCCCAUCCAUCCCCAGAGAGACCACAUUUUUGUUUUUGUUUUUUGUUUUGUUUUGCACCAAAGUGGCAACUGGGUCAGUGUUGGGGGAUAAAGCUGGCCUCGGGGGUGGAGGGGCACCCUCCGCCCGCUUCUCCCUGGUUUCAACAGUGUUAGCGUCCGUGAAAAGACAAUGUUCUCUCUAAAGCAAUAAGGGGGUGAUGGGCCAGGGGGAAAUGUCUUGCUGCUGCUGGCCCCCCGCUCCCCCCUUCCUCAUGCCAGUAUUUGGCGGCUAGAGGAGUCGGGGGGGAUACUGUUGUGACUGAAUGUAACCGCCCCCACCCCUGCCGCAGCCAAUGCAGGGGAGGGGGGUGACACUCUUCCCUGUCUUUCCCUUCCCCUUCCCCCCUAGCUAAAGAGACUUUGAACUUAGGGGGCCCUUGAGCCUGGAGAGGCCUUAACCCUGUGAGGAAGUGUAGGGGGAGCCCUCUCCCACCCCCAUCCCCUUCUGAGAGUGGUCAAUGUUUACAAGCCCCUGAGCCCCCCAGCCCAGGGGCUCCAACCCCACUGUCGUCCUUUCCCAGCCCUCUUCCUGGGUCUUCCUGGGCCCCGGCUGCUCUCCCACCCUCCCUGGGUUGGGGUGGGUGCAGGGGCUGUUGUGUAUCCCCUUGUCUGCCUCGGACCCAAAACCUCCCUUACCCCCACCCUGUGUGACUCCCCUCUCUUCUACCUGCCCCUGUAAAUAUUCCCCUUCCCCCAAUAAAACUUGGUGUGUGUUC